AUGAUCUGCAGCUCUCAUGCUUCUGCCAUUUACUACACUGCCGUGUGCUGGGCCCCGGGCAGCACAGAGCGGGACAGAAACAGACUGAACAAGCUGGUCAGGAGGGCCAGCUCCACUCUGGGCUGCUCCCUGGACUCUGUGGAGGAGGUGAGGGACAGGAGGCCCCUGGACUCUGUGGAGGAGGUGAGGGACAGGAGGCCCCUGGACUCUGUGGAGGAGGUGAGGGACAGGAGGCCCCUGGACUCUGUGGAGGAGGUGAGGGACAGGAGGCCCCUGGACUCUGUGGAGGAGGUGAGGGACAGGAGGCCCCUGGACUCUGUGGAGGAGGUGAGGGACAGGAGGCCCUUGGACUCUGUGGAGGAGGUGAGGGACAGGAGGCCCCUGGACUCUGUGGAGGAGGUGAGGGACAGGAGGCCCCUGGACUCUGUGGAGGAGGUGAGGGACAGGAGGCCCCUGGACUCUGUGGAGGAGGUGAGGGACAGGAGGCCCCUGGACUCUGUGGAGGAGGUGAGGGACAGGAGGCCCCUGGACUCUGUGGAGGAGGUGAGGGACAGGAGGCCCCUGGACUCUGUGGAGGAGGUGAGGGACAGGAGGCCCCUGGACUCUGUGGACGAGGUGAGGGACAGGAGGCCCCUGGACUCUGUGGAGGAGGUGAGGGACAGGAGGCCCCUGGACUCUGUGGAGGAGGUGAGGGACAGGAGGCCCCUGGACUCUGUGGAGGAGGUGAGGGACAGGAGGCCCCUGGACUCUGUGGAGGAGGUGAGGGACAGGAGUCCCCUGGACUCUGUGGAGGAGGUGAGGGACAGGAGGCCCCUGGACUCUGUGGAGGAGGUGAGGGACAGGAGGCCCCUGGACUCUGUGGAGGAGGUGAGGGACAGGAGGCCCCUGGACUCUGUGGAGGAGGUGAGGGACAGGAGGCCCCUGGACUCUGUGGAGGAGGUGAGGGACAGGAGGCCCCUGGACUCUGUGGAGGAGGUGAGGGACAGGAGGCCCCUGGACUCUGUGGAGGAGGUGAGGGACAGGAGGCCCCUGGACUCUGUGGAGGAGACUGGACCAUGCGUCCACCUGGACCGCAGACUGGACAGGGAGUCCACCAGGACCGCAGACAGUCCACCUGGACCGCAGACUGGACUGGGAGUCCACCUGGACCGCAGACUGGACUGGGAGUCCACCUGGACCGCAGACUGGACUGGGAGUCCACCUGGACCGCAGACUGGACUGGGAAAUGUGUCUCUGUGA